GAUUAUAUAUAUAUUUUUUUUUCUUUAGCAACACCUAUCUUGCUUUAAAAUUUGAAAUUGGUCGUUGAACUGAUUUAAUUUGAUUCACAAUGAAAAUAAUAAUUUUCUCGAUUUUUAUUCUUUGCGCACUUAAUAUAAAAUUUGGUGAUUCGCAAUAUAACAUAAAUUUAAACAAUGGUUACAAUGUAACUGAUUUAAAUAGUGAUAUUCAAUUAAUAAAAAAAUCUCUAAUUAAAUACAAAGAAAAAACACACUCGCAAUUAAAAAUGUUUCACAGAAUGAAAGAAAAUGAAAUUGAAACUUAUUUUACACAUCGGAUUGAAAGUUAUUUAGAAAAUAGUAAAAACAACUCGACGAGGACAAUGUGUCUAUCAAAAUUCGUGACAAAAUGGAAAGAUGAAGUACAAAGGCAUUUGCAGGAAUUAGAAAUCUGCGUCGAGAGUGUUAUGACUUCAUCAUAUAUCAUUCCCCUUGAGGAUACUGAUUUUCUUCUUUCAGUUUUGGGUGGAAAUUUUUCAUCAAAUAUUGAGGCUAUUGUAAAAGACUGUCAACAUUGGUCAUCCCAAUCAUCAAACAAAGUGUCAGUAGAAGAUUGUUAUACACUUAAAUCACCUUUAUUUCAAAUGCUGUCGACUAGCUUUCUAAAAGUAACUAUUCAGUUUAAAAAAUUAGUUUUAAAUUGUACUGUGAGAGCCAUUUCAGACAUUAAAAAUUGUGAUGCUUUAACUAAAGAAUUAUUGGAAACUCAUUGGAGUUUUAUUUAUGAGGGUGUAGAAAAGUGUUUGUUUUAAAUUAGUGAAAUAUUUAGUUUGAUAAGUUUAUAAUUUUUGAAAAAAAAAUAUCGCGUCUGUACAAAGUUUAAUGCUUAAAUAAAUAAAAAUUUCCAUAAAAUGAUUGACAAAA